AUGCAGCGGCAGGGCCGGCUGCGGGAGCAGGAGGCGGCGCCGAUCUUCGUCGGCGUGGCCAGCGCGCUGGACCACCUCCACCAGAGGGGCCUGCUCCACCGCGACGUGAAGGCCGAGAACGUACUCCUCUGCACCGGGGGCGUCGCGAAGCUCGCGGAUUUCGGGUGGUGCGCCGAGCUCUCCGACAGGGACGCUCGCAAGACCUUCUGCGGCACGUUGGAUUACCUGUCGCCCGAGAUGCUCAGAGGCGAAGAGCACAACCACGCCGUGGACAUUUGGGCGAUGGGCGUCCUCCUGUACGAGAUGCUCGCGGGCCACACGCCCUUCGCUGGCAGGGGCAUGUCGGGAAGCAUGUCGCGGAUUUCCAGCGUGGACCUGAAAAUUCCGGAGGCCGUGCCAGCGGCCGCCCGAGACCUCAUCGGGCGGCUGCUGGUGGGCGACCCCGGCAGCCGGCUGCCGCUGGCUGAGGCGGGCUGUGACAGGGCAGGGGCUGGCACCCCCCGCCGCCGGCGCCGGCCGCGCCGCGCGCCCACAGAGCUCCGCUGCCCAGCUCGCGUCCGCCGCCGCCAGGUGGGCUAA